AUGGGUCCAGUGUGGCUGCUGUUGGCCUUCGCUGUGGUUUAUAACCCAGCGUCGGCCGCCGCCUGCUCAGCCCAGGAGUUUACCUGCACUCAGGGUUUCUGUGUGACUCAGGACUCUGUGUGUGACUUCACUGACGACUGUGAAGACGGCAGCGAUGAGAAAAACUGUUCUACAUAUAAGAGGUGUGACUUUGAGGAGGGUUUCUGUGACCUGAUCCAAAGCUCGGAGACGUCCUCUGAGUGGACCAGAACUACUGAGGUUGCAGGACUCAAACAUGACCACAAAAACAAAACAUCAGCACAUUUUCUGUCCCUUUCACCCAUCAGCGGAAACAGAACCAGCUCAGAUCUGAGCAGUCCUGUCUUCCUGCCCAGUCAGACCUGCCAGCUGAGUUUCUACUAUUAUGUUGGGGGAACACGUGGAGAUGUUCAGGUCCUGGUUCAGACUCAUCCAGCAGGUCAGAGCACAGAAGUGUGGAAAGUGUCCACACAGCUGCCGAAGGAAACCUGGCUGAGGGCAGUGAUUCUGUUUUCCAGCAAUGACAAUUUUAAGGUGGUGAUUCGAGGGGAACUUUCAGCUGACAGCGAAGCCUUGGAGGUCCUGGCCAUCGAUGACUUAUCCCUCAGUCCUGGCUGCGUGAUUCUGUCUGAGAGCAGCGUUCCUCCUCCUCCUCCUCCCGCCUGCCCUCCCUCGUGGUUUGACUGCGGUGGUGGGGAGUGUAUUGAGGAAAACAGAGUGUGUGACUUCACCCCAGACUGUCUCCACGGAGAGGAUGAAGCCAGCUGCCCCUCCGAGUGUGACUUUGAAGAUCGAUCUUGUGGCUGGUACGAGCUCACCCCUGGCGAUGGCUUUGACUGGUUCAAGGGCUCGUCCGCGGAGGUUCCUCCGGACUACUACGGUCAGCCACCACCGCUGGACCACUCCACGAACAGCACUGAAGGUCAUUUCAUGUUUAUACUGAAGAACAGCAGCAGUCUGUAUCCACGAGCCAUCCUCCGAGGACCCUGGUUCCAGCAGUCGGCCUCUGGCUGCACCAUGACCUUCUGGCACUAUAACUCAGGCAUAUCUGUGGGGGCUGCUGACAUGUACCUUCGAAUCAACGGAGUUCAAAACAACACUAUUAUAUGGAGAACAUUCUACGACCAAGGAACCCGCUGGAACCGCGUCACCGUACAGCUGGGACGCAUCACCCAACCAUUCCAGAUCGCUCUGGCUAAAAUCAGCCUCGGCGUGUUCGACGGCAUCUCCGCUUUGGAUGACGUCACCUUCAAGAACUGUUCGAUGCCCCCAGCGGUCGCAGAGUGUCCUCAGCACACACAUUUCCAUUGCGUGCACACUAAGGCAUGUGUGGACCAUCUGCAGCUCUGUGAUCUUGUGGACGACUGUGGGGACGGAUCGGAUGAAGAGGGAUGUUCUCCAGGGCUGCAGUGUAACUUUGAACACGGACUGUGCAGCUGGACACAGGAACACAGUGGAUUAGAUGCAUUUGACUGGACCCGCAUCCAAGGCCCGACUCCAUCCUUCAACACAGGCCCCUGGAAGGACCACACGUUUGGCACCAACUAUGGCCACUACCUCUACAUCGAGUCCUCUGCUCCCCAGGAGUUCAGGGACACAGCUGUGUUGCUGAGUCCAGUCUUUCAACCCACCCACCAGCGGGGCAAAGACCCAUCCAGGUCCCGCCACCACUGUGUUUUCCGCUUCCAUUACCACAUGUUUGGAUCGCACGUGUUCUGCCUGGCGGUGUACAUGAGGACCUACAGUACAGGCCGCGGUCAUAUGCUGUGGGUACGAUAUGGAGACCAAAAAAACUUAUGGCACCGGAAGACUCUCUACCUCAACAGUGCUCGGCCUUUCCAGAUUUUAAUUGAAGGGACAGUUGGAGAUGAUUUUAAUGGAGACAUCGCCAUUGAUGACCUUUCCUUCUUGAACUGUGAGCCUUAUGAAGGAGAGCUCCCCAAACUGAAUACCACAACCCCUGCAGUGACAACCCCAGCACCCACAGUUACACCCCACAGCUGCCCUGAAGGACAGUUUGUGUGUGGGACACAUGAGGAGUGUGUUCCCCUGAGUCAAGUGUGUGAUUUCAGACAUGACUGCUCUGAUGGAUCCGAUGAAAUAAACUGCGUGAAGGAAAGGUGUGAUUUUGAAGACGGCGACACUUGCGGUUGGAUGAUUGUCAACCUGUCUUUGGUCCCUCACCAUACAUUUCGCUGGUUGCCUGACCAAGGGGAGAGCAUUCAUGAUGGAGAACAGUACCACCGUCCUAUUAAUGACCACACUCUCAACAGCCCCGCGGGUUGGUAUAUGUACACAGACAGCUCAAACGGCGGCUACGGUCAAUCCACUGACCUCCAGACGCCUGUCAUCUCCUCCACUGGGCCACAGUGCACCCUGGUCUUCUGGUACCACAUGAGCGGCUUCACCGUAGGAUCACUGCAGGUGCUGCUGAAGCACAGAAACGUCACUCGUGAGGUUUGGUCUCAAGCUGGUAACCAAGGCAACAAAUGGAGACGAGGAGAAGUGUUUUUGGGCUUAUCAAACAACUUCCAGGUGGUAUUCAGGGCAAAGCGGGGCAUCAGCUACAUGGGUGAUGUGGUUAUAGACGACGUCAGCUUCCUGGAUUGCUCCCCUCCUCUUCUUCCGGACCAGCCGUGCUCACCUGAGCAGUAUAGCUGUGCAAAUGGCCACUGCAUCCCUCAGGACAACCUGUGUGACUUCAUCAACCACUGCGGGGACAACUCGGACGAGGACCCCUACAUCUGCAAGGGCUUUAGCGGACGCUGCAGUUUUGAGUUUGACCUCUGUUCCUGGCGCCAGUGCCGAGAGGAUGACUUUGAUUGGCUGAUCAAGGCAGGCAGCACUCCAACGGUUGGAACUGGGCCAUCAAGUGACCACACGCUGAGAGACCCCUCUGGACACUACCUCUACCUGGAGAGCUCUUUCCCGCAGGCAGUCGGUGACAACGCCCGUAUAUCAGGACCCCUUCUGAGCAGCAGGAGUUCACAGUGCAAGAUGCGUUUCUACUUCCACAUGUCUGGAGAUGGCAUCGGGACCCUUAGCGUGUUCAGCAAAACCGAAGGACGUCUUGAUCUCCUGCUGAACCUGACGGGAGAUCAGGGCAACUACUGGCAGAUGAGAGAGAUCCCGCUGAGCAGCACCGGAGACUUCCAGAUCGUGUUCGAGGGCAAGGUGGGCCGAAGUCCAAAGGGUGACAUCUGCCUGGAUGACAUCACUUUCUCUCCAGGGUGUCUUCUCGCCUCCUCUGAUGAAAAAUGUAUGAUAAAUUGCAUUUUGUUUCCAGGGUCCUGUCCUUCAGGCUUCCUGCUUUGUGAAAACGGCCGGUGUUACGCUCCAGGGCAGAGCUGUGACUUUACAGAUGAUUGUGGCGAUGGCACCGAUGAAAAGGAUUGUGGGACUUCCUGCUCCUUUGAGAACGGUCGCUGUGGCUGGAAGAGCUCCCUGGCUGAUAAUUUUGAUUGGACGCUGGGUACUGGAUCUGUCCAAAGCAUACGACCUCCAUAUGAUCACACGCUGAUGGACGAGAACGGUCAUUUUGUCUAUCUGGGAGCUACACCGGUGGGACUGAAAGGCGAUAAAACUCAUAUUAGGAGCUCUGUUUGGAAAGAGUCUAGUGCCAUCUGCAAGCUCUCCUUCUGGUACUACCUUUCCCAUAAGGCCUCGGGAACCAUCCGACUGCUGAUCAAGAUGGAGGACAACUUAUUGGAAGUGUGGAACAAAACAGGGAAUCAGGGGAAUAAGUGGAACCAAGCAGAGGUCCCCCUGAGGAAACUCAGGAACUUCGAGGUGAUAUUUGAGGGGAUUCGCUCGAGGGACGUGAGCGGAGGAGCCGCCCUGGACGACCUGGAGUUCAUAGACUGUGCUCCAAAUGCCGUGGAUGCAGUUAGCUGUCCCGCAGUCACAGACUUUGUGUGUCACAGUGGCCACUGCAUUGAGUCCCACCUGGUGUGCGACAACAAGGCCGACUGUGAUGAUGAAUCAGAUGAGAUAGACUGCGACCACGUAAUUGGCUCGCCAGGUGCCUGUGAUUUCAACGUGGAAGACGACCAGUGGGAAGAGAGCUGCCAGCUUUCUCAAGACCCUGACGACGACUUUGAUUGGAGGAUCAGUCACAGGACUGAGACACCCGGAGCUGGACCACACACUGACCACAGCCCAGGUGGUGAAGGGAACUUCCUGUACGUGCACUCUGCUACUCAGAGGGAGGGCGACGUUGCCAAGGUGACCACCAGGAGUCCAUUUCCUGCCAGCAUCGGCCGGUGCCACCUGCGCUUCUGGUUCUUCAUGCACGGCUCUGACAGGAUGGGAACGCUGAAGGUCUACACCGUUGGAUCCAGCGGUACCCGUCUGCUGAUGUGGGCAGCCACUGGAAACCAUGGCAACCAGUGGACAUACGCUAAUGUCAUCCUGUCCAACCCGGCACCUUUCAGAGUGACCUUCCAGGCGGAGGUGGGUGGAGACAUGUGGACAGACAUCGCCCUGGAUGACAUCUCCUUCACCGCAGAUUGCAUGGUUGGAGCACCAGUAACUCCACAGCCUCUGACCUGUGGUGCGGACCAGUUCCAGUGCUCGUACUCCUUUCAGUGCAUCCCGAAGAGCUGGUGGUGUGACAGAGAGCCGGACUGCGCCGAUCGGUCCGACGAGGAGCACUGCCCGACCUUGGUACCCGGAACUCUUCCUCCUCAAGACAGCUGCCCCACUGGGUAUUUCCAGUGUUCGAACCUCCGCUGCCUCCCCUCCAUACUGCGCUGCGACGGAGUCCUCGACUGCCCGGAUGGAGAGGAUGAGUACAGCUGCCCUCUGCUGCAGUGUGAGCUGGGAGAACUGGUGUGUGAAAACUCUCCUGGUUGCAUCCCCCCUCAGAAGCGUUGCGAUCACUCUGCCGACUGCCUGCCUUUCCACUCAGAUGAAUCCAGCUGCGAUGAUUGUCCUCCAAUGUAUUGCCAGGAUCACGGCUCAUGCGUUGUGGAGGAACACGGUCCUGUUUGCAUGUGUAAUCCAGGCUGGACCGGAAACCGUUGCCACGUGAGGGAGAAACCUCCCCUCUCCACCUCAUCACCCACACCAGAGGACACGGCGCUAGAUGCCGUGUACGCUGGCAUCGGCAUCGGGUUGGGGCUGCUCAUACUUGGAGUGGCUGUGUGUUUUCUGGCUUUAUUCAAGAACAAAUGCUUCCUAAAAAAGCUUUACCCGAUGGACUACGGGGUGAUGGAUAACCCAGCCUUUGACUGGAGAGCAGAGCGCCCGUCCCUGGAUGAAAGGUCGGGCGGUUGUCCCGGCUGUAACCCCAGCCGGAGUGAUGGUCGUGGGCUUUCCAUCAGCGUCUACCCGUGGAGGAGGGAGGUGGAGCAGGGUUCGAACUGGAAAGACGCCAAGCUGUCCUUCUCCAACCCAUUGUACAAUUACCCCCCCGAUGCUAAUGGUGCUGACUGCACAAGCUCUGAAGCAUAAAAACAAUGGACAUUAUCUAAGAUUUUGGCAAUUUGCCUUUGUUUAGACAGCGCAGUAUAGA